AUGGCGUGCAACCCAUUACCAUUCAAAGGAGAAAUUGAUCCUAUAGCAUGUCAAAGGUGGAUUGCAAGUACUGAAGCGGUGUUCAUAAGGAGUCAUUGUGAAAAGGAGGAUCAAGUGAUGGUUGCCACCGGUUUGCUACAACUCCGAGCUAAAGACUGGUGGGAUGCUUAUAGUAAAGAGAUUGGAGAAGACAAAGUUCAAGUCUUGACAUGGCAAGAGUUCAAGGAACCUUUUCUAAAGUACCACUGUCCACAAUCUGCCAUUGACAAGAUCCGAGAAGAUUUCUUACAUCUUCGUCAGAAAGAUGAAACCAUUGAUGAAAUCACCAACAUUUUUCUUGACAAGCUGAAAUUCUGUAAAGGUAUAGUAGGAACGGAAAGGAUGAAGAUAAACCGCUAUCACGGUAUGUUGAAGGCUGAAUAUCGGGAGUUCAUAAUUCCCGCUAAAUGUGAAACUUUGAAUGAGCUCAUUGACUUGGCCCGAGAUAGGGAGAUUGAAUUAAGAAGACAGGCAGAAAGAGGCGAAAAGAGAGUGUUUGAGAAUGCUGAGUGUCCCAAGCUUCAACAGAAGACUGAUAAGGAAGCAAGAAAGGAGGAAGCCCCAAGAGCUAAGGGGAGGAUGUUUCAGAUCACGACUGAAGAGGCUAAGGACCUCCCGAAUGUUGUAUCAGGUAUAUUCUCAUUGAACUUGAUGCCUACGUACGUGUUAUUUGAUACUGGAGCUAGUAGAUCGUUUGUAUCAAGCGAAUUAGUGUCCCACCCCUCUUUUAGAAUCGAAAGAAUGCAUGUGCCUUUAAAAGUAGAGAUAGCCGAUAGUAAGAGUUAUUUGUUGCACGAAGUUUGUAGAAAUUGCGAAAUUAUCAUUGAAGACGAGAAGUUUGCUAUUGACCUUAUUCCCAUGGUAUUGGGGGAAUUUAAGGUUAUAGUUGGCAUGGAUUGGCUAGCUAAACAUCAUGCCGAAAUUCAAUGUGAGAAAAAGGUGAUUCAUGUGCUAACACCGGGAGGAAAACGAGUAAGUAUACAAGGGGAAAGGAAUAUUAAUUCGAAGCUUUGUUCUAUAGUUCAAGCAUACAAGUAUGUACGAAAUGGAAGCAAGGCAUUUCUAGCCUACGUGGUGGAUACUAAGCAGAAUACCCCUAAGAUUGAAGAGGUUGAAGUCGUGAAUGAGUUUCUUGAUGUUUUUCCGGAAGAUUUGCCGGGGCUUCCACCAGAACGCGAAGUGGAUUUUAAGAUUGAAUUGUAUCCCGAUGCCAAACCCGUAGCCAAGGCUCCUUAUAGGUUGGCCCCAACUGAAAUGCGGGAGUUAAUGGUACAAAUACAAGAAUUGCUCGACAAGGGAUUUAUACGCCCGAGUGUAUCGCCAUGGGGAGCGCCUGUUCUUUUUGUUAAAUAG